CCACCGCCCUCAGGGGGUUGCCGCCCUCAGGGGGUUGCCGCCCUCAGGGGGUUGCCGCCCUCAGGGGGUUGCCGCCCUCAGGGGGAUGCCGCCCUCAGGGGGUUGCCGCCCUCAGGGGGGUGCCGCCCUCAGGGGGUUGCCGCCCUCAGGGGGGUGCCGCCCUCAGGGGGGUGCCGCCCUAAGGGGGGUGCCGCCCUCAGGGGGGUGCCGCCCUCAGGGGGGUGCCGCCCUCAGGGAGGUGCCGCCCUCAGGGGGGUGCCGCCCCCU